AUGGCCGAAGAUGGUAGCCAUGGCACCUCCGCCUAUGAUUCCUCAACAACAAUCGUUAAUUUGCUUUGUAAAUUUCUCGCCGUUCAGCAGCGUCGGGCCGAAGCCUAUUCCAACCUCAAAAGGUUUCUCUUUCCUUCUGCUCUUACCAUUUUUUUUUCUUUCUGCAUCUCAUUUUCCGUUCCUUUUUUUGAAGAAGAGAUUUCUUUGAUACAAGGGAUUUUCAGAGUCAUUGAAAUGGAGUCCCUAUUUCAGAAUUCUGAGUACGAUCGAGUUGAUUUAGCUAAGCUUUUGAGAUCUGUUCAAGAACAGGAAAAGCAGAAACUGAAUUUGAACUCUAAUACAAGCCUUCCCUUUUCUUAUUCUGCCAUUUUGAAUGUUUUGAAGUUUCGUUUAGAGAGCCAUAUCGUUUUGCAUUAUGGUUUUGCCUUUGUACUAAAGAAGGCUGGUCGGCCAUCAGAACGUUUGGUGAGCCAUGCGGAUUGCAAAUUUGAGAAACCAAUGGAGCAUGAGUGUGUGCAUGUCCAUGAGAUUACAGAAGCUGUUGGGACUGAAGAGGCAGAAGCAGAUGCCAUGUAUGAUAAAGAACUGAAGGAGGCCAUUAGAGGAUUACAGGAUGUUGUGAUUGCUAUAAACGAGCAUUUGGAAGAGGUCAGAUAUGAAGUUGUGGCCCUUGAAUCUGAAUGA